AAUUGCUCACGCUUCUCUUUAAUUUUUCAGCACGGUAAUACACCACUGCACGAGGCCGCCUGGAAAGGCUACAGUCGAAGCGUAAAAAUCCUAUGUUCCUUGCCCAAAGUUCAGAAGCCGGGUGCUACCGGGAUUCACCUCAACGGUGGCCCCAAACUGUCCAUCGAUCUAAUUAAGGAUUCUAGCAAGAUCAAGAACGUCCUCCAAGAUACGAAGGGAGCCCUUCAUAGCGCCCUGCUGGGGACACGUAACUUCGGUGGAUUCUCGGCACUGCAUCUGGCGGCUCAAAAUGGACACAACCAAAGUUGUCGGGAAAUUUUGCUCGCCGGAGCCGAUCCCGAUGUGCAGAACAAUUACGGCGAUACUCCUCUACAUACGGCAUGCCGCUACGGGCAUGCUGGUGCCAUCCGAAUUCUCCUCUCAGCCAAGUGUGACUUCGAGCGGAUCAACCUGAACGGCGAUACGGCUCUGCACAUUGCCUGUGCCAUGGGUAGGCGGAAACUGACCCGAAUUCUACUGGAAGCCGGCUGCAAGCAAGACACGAAGAAUGCUCAGGAUGAAACCCCUCGAGACAUUGCCAUCCGCAAGAACCUCAUCGAAAUCCUCAAUAUCCUCAAUACGCCAGUGCAAAUUUCUUCCCGACAUGCAAGGGAACGCAGCUCCAGUAGCUCCCAUCGGAAGGUCCGCGAUGGGAAAAGUGGCGAACGAUCGCGGAGCAAGGAGGAUCGAAAGUCACGUGACAAAUCCCGGGGGCGGAGUGGCUAUGACCAACGGUACGACGUCGAUCCGCAACAUUGGUCCCCGUACGGGUGUCACUAUUUCCCCGAUCCGAAAAACUUUCCCUCACCUAAGCUGGAAACGUUACCGAAGGAACCACUGGCAACAGGAGAGCAGUACUUCCUGGAUUUAGCUGGGAACAUCCGAAAAGGACCAGUAGGAGUGGGGAACACUUGCUAUUGCGCGCCAUUUUUCAAACACCUCGAACAACGCAUGAAUCAGAACAGAAAGAGUAUACGAAAGUAUGUACAUAAGGCAACGGAAAAGCUGGACAGCAGAAUGACGGCUUUGGCUAUGAAGACGGAUGACCAAAUCGAGGAGCUAACGAAGACGAUGAUCGCAAGCAGGGUUCAGUGUGAAAACAAACGUCUACAUCUGGAGCAGUGGCUGAAACGAGGCAUAGCGGAACGUUCAACCGGACCGCACAAUACCAAAACGAGAAAGGAUGAAGCCAAUACAAACACGCUAACACGAUGCAGAAGUCUCGAGCUUCUCGAUGGUAGCGACGACCUUCUUGAAGAUCGGAUAAAAUCUUCAACGCCACAGUUCUCGCGAAGCAUCGACUUCCUAGAUUCUCAGGACCAUAUGCCGGAUCACAAGCGUCCGGAUUAUUCGGACCACUUUGAAAGCUCGAACAAUUCGAACAUGAAAAACCAUUCGGAAGCAGAGGAGUCAAGCCGUCGAACUCCUUUGCGAAAGUUUGACGCUGACCAGCGGAAUGGCAGUAAACGGUCAUCCUCGAUAAGCCACUCGGGACAUGAUAGCUACUGCUACUCCGACAAAGACAACGAUAAGGAGAAGAACAAUGUGAUAUACCAGGAUCGGGUGCCGAGUUCAGCAUAUGGAGGGAAUUCAUCCAAAGAAGAUCGAAAAAUACCCUCGUCGGCAGGAUCGUCUAGCUACGAUCACAAAAACGAAAAAAUCAAAGUCACUGAGAGGCUGGAAGAGUUGCUGAGCAAAACCAAGAAGAUUUUGGAGCUGGAGAAGAUCAGUAAGAAGAAGCAUAGUGAUAAUAGAUACAUACUAGCAUUGGAUCGACUAAAGGACAUCCAUCAUUACGACAACAAUCCACAAGUGUACCACCAGACGUCUUCAAAGCGCGACUCUACAGUUCACGGCUAUGACAUAGCGCAAGAGAUGGAGAAGAUUACUCAAUCUCUACUGCCUGCUGCUCCGGUUUCUCCGGAAAUUUCCAAAGAUAUUACAACUCGCAAGGAACGAUCCUCGAACUCGCAAGGCUCAUACCGCAAUCCUUCGGCACUAAACGGCCAUAGCUCUGUCUCCACACCCCAUUCGACCAUGUCACCUAGUUCAUCCCUGCUGGGUGGCAAUCAAAGCGCAGCGAUCCAAGCAUAUCACGAAACACACAUGACAUCCACAAGCUUCAACGAGACGUUGUCUGAGAUUACCAGUUAUCAGGACUCGGAGCAAGAAGCACACGUGGAUAGCGUAAACGCUCCGAUGGUUAACGGAUUUUACGCCAAUAACUGCUUUGAAGAUAUUCCCAGUUCAUCAAAUACAACGAUCAAGUCUGCUCCCAAUCACAGCAGAAAGAAAUUGACAGGGGAUUCUGCCGAUCAAGAUGAAGAUGCUAGUAGCCAGGAGGAGGAAGAAGAUGACGAUGAGCAAAGUCAUGUAGAUCAAGAACAUACCGAAAAAGACUGGGAAUCAGAUGAUCAGUGCGAUCUAUCAGAUAUGGCAAACCUUGCCCAAUUGAAAGAAUUGAAAAGCAGAAUACUCAAUGGCACUAGUUGGAGAAGUCAGGUGCUUCAAAAAAGUGUACAAGACUUGUUCCAAAAAGCUACUGAGACUCAAGAUCAUUUCAAUCAUCAAAAUAUAGAAGAGGCCGAAACAUGUAGAAGUACUGCCGAUGAAAUGUCCGAUCAAAAUCGUGUAAAGUACAUAAUUUCCAAGCUUCAGAAUAGCACGAUUCAGCAAGUAGAACCACCAACACUUCACCACUCCCUACAGGAUGAUAAUUACUCCGAUAGCAGCGAAGAGGAAGAAGAUCUCGACUGCGUUGAUGGUCCUCCGCCGUUGGGUGAUCGUCCGAUCACUGCCAAAAGUCUGAUAGAAAUGUAUGAAAAAACUCUACCAAAAGUCGAAAACCAACCUGUCGCUGCUGUUCGACAGCAAUUCAGUGUGCCCAAAGAUGCCUAUUUCCAUGAGCUACCAAACAAACCGAAACCUCCUCUGAAACCCCCAGAUCUAACCUCUCACCUAUCGAAUCCUACUCUUCCAGAUCAAAUCCCUAUAUCGGUGCACGCCAGAAGUCGGAACCCUCUCCCAUCCUACCUUAACGAUAACGAAAUAUUCAACCCUAACCAAAGCCCGUUUCCUCAAAGCCCUCUCCCCGACCGAGUUCAGUCCACCCCAGCUCUAUAUUAUCCAUCACCAUCUCCGCAAUUCCUGAACUCCAACGACUAUCCAACAUCCUACCAUCAGCAUUACGUUUCGCAUGUUCCUGUUCAGGAGAAAUUGCUCUCCAGCCGGAAGUACAUCAACCCAUCUGCCUCGUCGUUCGCCAUGUCCGGUUGUAGUACCGGAACUCCCUCGCCAGAGUUCCCCUACCAGCUGGCCAGUAGUCAACCGCACUCACUACAUCACUUCCAUCAACCGCAACAGCAUCAACAUCUGCCCCAGCAACAACACCAGCAGUUCCGUAAAUCGCAGGACAACCUCUCGAACGACGAAUCGGGAUACAUCAGUGCCAAAGUUAGUGAAAUUCACGGUCCAGCCGUGGCCAGCAACGAAAGUCAUUCUUCGUCUAUGCAGCCGAUAGAAGUGAUCCCAAUGCCGCGCCAAUUCAUACCGUACAGCAUGGCAAAUACUGCGGCCAUGCUUGAGGGUGCCGUUGGCGGAAUCGGAACCAAUACCGGCACCUCAGCGAACGUUUAUGAUGAGCAACAUCAUUACAACCUCGGUGCUUCAAGUCUGGUGUAGAAAUAAACCAAUUGCAGGGCACAAGAUUUAGAUUAGAAGAAAUGAGAAUCGAUAAUUUGUAAAUAGGUUUUAAAUCAAUGUUUUAACUGAACCCAUUUUAACUUAUUGUAUGUUUUAGUAACUUAACCGUUUUAAGCACUAUUUUUGCAUCGAGAGAUUUUGUUUUACAAAUUGCGAUUUUUAAAUUGUUGUAUACUCCUGAUAAUAUUAUUCGUGCAUUUAUGAUACAACCAUGUAAAAUGUGUGUAAAUAAAAUAGAAACCAUUAUGAA